AUGGGUCUAUGCUCGUCGAAGCAAGAUAAAAAUGGUAAACAACGCUCGCUAGAGAUAGAUAAGCAAUUAGAGGAUGACGCUAAAAAGAUGCGUAGAGAUUGUAAGAUACUGCUACUUGGGUCUGGUGAAUCUGGGAAAUCAACGAUAGUUAAGCAAAUGAAGAUUAUACAUCAAAACGGUUACUCUAAGGAGGAAUUAAUUGGCUUUAGAUUGAUCGUAUUCAAAAAUGUAGUCGAUUCCGCUCAAUCCGUCGUUUUGGCUCUUAGGAAACUAUCUAUGGAGCCAAUAUCAAAUACAAAUCAGCAUUACGCGGAUUAUAUUUUAGGUUUUAGACUGGAUCUAGAACCUGGAAUGACGCUCAACAAGGAACUCGUAAACGCUAUUGAUAGCCUCUGGAACGAUCCUAUUAUACCCAAAUUACUCGAUAGAUCAUCAGAGUGGUACUUGAUGGACUCAGCUCCCUACUUUUUCCAAAAUGUUCACAGGAUUGGUAAUCAAGAUUACAUCCCAAAUGAGAAUGACGUUUUGAGAGCGAGAAUUAAGACUACUGGUAUAACAGAGACGAGGUUCACUAUGGGUCAGCUAUCUAUACAUAUGUUUGAUGUGGGCGGUCAACGCUCCGAGCGUAAAAAGUGGAUACACUGCUUUGAAGCUGUUACGUCAAUCAUUUUCUGCGUUGCAAUAUCCGAAUAUGAUCAAACUUUGCUAGAAGAGAGUGGUCAGAAUAGAAUGCAAGAAAGUUUAGUUUUAUUCGAAUCAGUUAUUAACUCGAGGUGGUUCUUGAGGACAUCAAUUAUUCUCUUUAUGAAUAAAGUCGAUGUAUUUAGAGUUAAAAUUACAAAAGUACCAUUAGAGAAAUACUUCCCAGAGUAUUCAGGUGGCGCUGAACUUAAUAAAGCAGCUAAGUAUAUCCUAUGGAGAUUCACACAAACAAAUCGGGCGAGACUAUCAAUUUACCCUCACUUAACACAAGCUACGGAUACUUCUAAUAUUCGAUUAGUUUUCGCGGCAGUUAAAGAGACCAUUCUACAAAACGCUUUACGAGAUUCAGGUAUAUUAUAA